CAUGUUUUCAGUUUGGGGUUGACUGUGUUUAUUAAAAAAGUCGUUUUAUGCCCUGUUCUAAAUAUGAUAAAGUAAUAUUUUGUUCUCUGAGAAUAGUUCUUAAAUUAUUUCCUUUAAAAAUCUGAUCAUAAUGACUGAUUCGGACAGUGAAGAUGAAAAUAUUAUCCGGUACGGCACCCCCCUUGAACCAUAUGAAGAAGAUGAAAUACCAUCAAAGCGUAAAUACCAACAACCAGCUGACCAAUAUGCAGUUGAUGACCAUGGAAGGCGAAGGUUUCAUGGUGCUUUUACUGGUGGCUUUUCUGCUGGGUACGGCAACACAGUUGGUACACCUGAAGGAUGGAGUCCGGCAACAUUCAAAAGUUCACGAUCAGAAAAAGCACAGCGUUCUAGUCAAAGACCAGAAGACUUCAUGGAUGAAGAGGAUAGAAGUGAAUUUGGUAUUGCUCCAAAACAAAUGCAAACACAUGGCGAGUUUUCAGGACAGAAGAGGUCCAGACAAAAUAGGUUCCACGAUGGUCCCAUACCAGGUGAGCCGGUCCUAGAGCAACUACUGCGUCCCAUUCACGAAUCGGCCGCUGUAAAGAUGUUACGUGCUAUGGGCUGGCGGGAGGGGCAGGGUACGGGAGAGAGGCUAACUAAGGCUGAGAAGAAGAAGACAAAGAAGCAACAUAAAGUUUAUGGGUGUUAUAUGCCACCGGAUAUGCGACAGGAAAAUCAACAGCAAUCGGAAGAAAGUUCGGAUUCGGAGUUCGAAUAUGAAACCCUAUUUGCGCCAGACGAUUAUGAGCCUUAUAUCCUACAGCCUAAGAACGAUCGCUUUGGCCUUGGUUACAGUGGCUUGAGUAGACAUUCAGUACUGGGAAAUUUAGUCGGUGAAUAUGGAAGUAGUGAUACAAGGAGCCACUUGGUUAUGAAGGAGAAAGGCAAAAAGGUCUCAAUCCGCGGUCAGGCGUUCGGCGUGGGUGCGUUCGAGGCUGACGACGAAGACAUCUACGCGAACGAAGACAUGUCCCACUACGACUUUGCGAUAGGUGGCGCUAUCGAGAAGAGUGAACAGAAGAAACCUAAGGAGAGAGCCAGUAAUGUGUUGCCAGGGUUUGUGAAAGCAAGCAAACCUCUUCCCAAAGUGCCCUCAUUCCCGCCACCAGUUUUGCCCCGGGAUUACAAGCCUGCCCCAGCUGGAAUCAGACGCACUAGGUUUGAGGCAACUAGCGUGCCUCAAAGAGAUCAAGCCCUGGGCCGGCAUGAGCUAUCAGCCGAAGCGCGUGGUGCAUUACUCGGCGAAACUCCAGUACCCCCACCGAAGGAAACACCGCAAAACGUGGAAACGAAGCCCAAAGAGCAAACGCAAGACGCGAUCAACAAAUUAUUCGGGAAAAACGUCAAUUUCGUGUCGACCAAUGAGAAGAAAGAGGAGACAAUGCCGGAUUUCAUUUCCAUAAAAGAUUCGGGCCGAACGGUGACGCCAGUGUUUAAACCGUUCGCGAGUGAUCCCAAGAAACAAGCGAGAUACGAGAGGUUUUUGGUUGGUGGAGGAGUGGGGGAGCGGGACGGUGAUAUGGGUAAUGUCGGCGCGUGGGAGAGGGACAGGGAGAUGUUGGAGUUUGAGCAAGCGGCCAAGUUGUAUAGGCCACUGUCUGGUGUUAUGGGUGAUAGAUUCACCCACGCUACGCAACCCGACGAAGCGCUCAAUCCGCUAUGCGCAGUUGCAAAAAGUUCUACCAAUUACGGUUUAGCAACUCCGGAGAUGGAAGAGGCGGCUAAAAAGGGCGCGUUUGGUGUUAUGACCAGGAGGAAGGUUGAUUGGAGGCCUGAGUCCAUCGUCUGUAAAAGAUUUAAUAUACCUGAAUUGGGAGGAAACACUUAUGCACAGCAAAAGGAAGACAAACCGAAAGUGUCAUACUCAAUAUUCUCGUAUAUGGAAUCGUCAGUACAUGAUAAAGACAGUUUCACUAAAGAACAGACCAAAUUCAGCGGUUCCAAAUCACUAAGCAUAGAUAAUAAACCACAAACAAAAGCACCAAAAGUACAAGAAAAUACGCCAAUACUAAAUGCACCGCACAAAAGAAUGACGGUAGCAGAAUUAUUUCUAAAAGAAUCUGAGAGGGAUAUGCAAAAUAAAGAAACGCCUCAAGCACUCACUGAAACUAUAGAGAAAUUCGAUAAAAUGGAUCUCUAUAAAGCGAUAUUUUUGAGCGACAGUGAGAAUGAUGAUGAUAAGAAGACGGACAAUGAUUUUAUUGAAAACCCGAAAAAUGUUGAACGAAAUACGUCACCUCCGCGUGGAAUAUUCGCGAAUAUUGACUUCGACGAAAUUAAUUCGUGGCGAAGGGCGCCAAAAGAAAAGGAAGAUAAAAAAGAUGCACAGAGCACAGAUAAUAAAGACGCUGAUACAGGUAGAACUAAUGAGACAGAUAGCGGUAAUAAAGCGGAACCCGAAGUUUACGGCCCUCAAAUUCCAGUUAAUUUACAGAGGAAUAUAGAAACAAAUAUUAAUGAAAGUUUUAAGCCGAAGUUUAGAAGCAAGGAAGAAAGAAAAGAUGACUCUGACUCAAGUUCAGAUUCAUGGGUGGACGCGAAAGAAGUUAAACACAAAAAGCAUAAAAAGAAAAGUAAAAAACAUAAAUCGAAGCAUAAGAAAUCGAAACAUAAGAAAAAAGAUAAAUAAA